GCAGCUCGCCCGACUUCUUUCCACUUUCGACGGGUAGGUUUUUGCAGACGGAAGGUGAAAAGAUUUUCUGCAUAGAAAAUUGCAAAUUUGAACAUCUACAACCGUGUGUGCUGCACCAGAGACAUUUGAAAAUAAUCAGGCACAAUAGUGCACCAACGCAGGCACGUAUUGCAAUUGUGGAUAGACAGUUUUAAGCCGCAAAAUCAGCGCUGGAACUGGAAAGUAAUUGCGUGCUUGCCAACGUCGAAGGCAGUGGGAGCAGGAAAGGUUGAAAACGUCGAGAAAUCGUUGCCGUCGCGCUCGCUAUAAUUGUUUGCUUUUGCCCGAUAUUCGUGGAAAUAUAGAUACGCGCGCUGUUGGCAAACAUUUAUAUAUACACACAGCUUUAUUAUUUUCUCGGAAAGUUUGGAGUCUUAUUUUGAUCAUUUCGGAACGCGAGUGUCGGUGACUAAAGUUGAGCAAAAUGAGUGGGGGAUUGCCGGAGUUGGGCUCGAAAAUCAGCCUGAUUUCGAAGGCGGACAUCAGGUAUGAGGGCCGCUUGUACACGGUGGAUCCGCAGGAGUGCACCAUAGCUCUCUCCAGUGUGCGAUCCUUUGGCACAGAGGAUCGGGACACACAGUUCCAGAUAGCGCCGCAGUCGCAGAUCUACGACUACAUUCUCUUCCGCGGCUCGGACAUUAAGGAUAUUCGCGUCGUCAACAAUCAUACGCUGCCGCACCACAAUGAUCCGGCGAUUAUGCAAGCCCAGCUGCAGAAUGGCCCACCCCAAGUCAUGCCUCAGCACUUUCCCAUGCCGAAUUCCAUGAACGCACCGCCUCAACAGCAGCAGCAGCAACAUGGCGCCCCGUCCAUGGGUGGAUCCAGCGGGGGUCCAGCUCCCGGUGGCCAAGGCGGCAGCUAUGGCAACGGCAAUCCAUUCGGCAACCUGGGUGCUCCCAACCUAGGAAUGGUUGGCAACUCUGGUGGCGGCUCUUUGGCGCCCGGUGCUGGAGCACCAGGCGGAGGACCCUUCAUGCACAUCGGCGGCAAUCAACAACAGCAGCAGCCAAAGCCCCAGCAGCAGCAGAAGCAAUCAAUUUCCGUUUUAGACAUGCUUGCCGGCGCCUCACGAUCGACGACGCCUAUCAGCCUGAUUGUCAGCCCAACGGCGGAGCUGACCCAGCAGCAGCAGUUGCAUCAGCAGCAGCAGAGCGUCGCCCAGGGUAUGCGGGAUGGUAUGGCGCGCGAUGCUGGUCAUAAGCGUCAGAACCAUCAGCAACAGCAGCAGCAGUCCCAGCAGCAGCAGCGUGGUGGACCCAACAAUAUGCAGCCCCAGCAGCAACAGCAGCAGCGAAACAGCAACGACUUUUACCACCAGCAGCGGGAUCGUCGCGAUUCUGGCAGGCAAAUGGACAACAACUACAGCAACAAUUACAAUAACAAUCAACGCAACCGCGGGGGCGGUAACGGCAUGCAGCAGCAACAGCGUGGAGGCGGCGGCGGUGGUGCUGGCGGUGCAGGAGGUAACGGGAAUGGUGGCCAAAACGCUUGGAAUAUGCAUCGCGGCGGUCCACAGAACGCCAACAACAUGAACAAUAUGUCUCGCAAUCGCGGCAUGGGCUCCCGAGGUCCAAUGCGACCCAAUCAGGGUUAUCGUCCGAAUUCGGCCAACCAGAACAAGCCUCGCAACAAGAUCAAGUUUGAGGGUGACUUUGAUUUCGAGCAGGCCAACAAUAAAUUCGAAGAGCUGCGCACACAGCUGGCCAAGCUCAAGGUGGCCGAUGAGGCAGCCAACAAGUCGGCAACAGCCGCCACAGAUCCAACAGCAACAGCAGCAGCGGCAGCAACAGCAACAACUGUUGCUCCCACCACUGAACCACAGUUGAAUGGUGAGACCGAUAAGAAGGAUGAUUCUGGCAAUGAGACCGGCGCUGGUGAGCAUGAGCCCGAGGAUGAGGAUGUUCAUGUGGGCUACGACAAGACCAAGUCAUUCUUUGAUAACAUCUCUUGCGAGGCUGCACAGGAUCGCAAGGGCAAGAAGAAUGAUUGGCGCCAGGAGCGCAAAUUGAAUACGGAGACAUUUGGCGUUGGAUCCACACGUCGCGGCAGCUAUCGCGGACGCAACCAUUACUACAACAAUAACAAUGGUAUGGGCGGAGGUGCUGGUGCUGGUAGCGGCAUGAACUCUGGCUAUGGCGGUGCGCCCGGCUAUAAUAGGAACAACUAUCGCAUGGGUGGUGGCGGCAACUACCGGAACCGCAGCAACAAUCGAAACAACAACGGCAACCGGGGCCAGCAGCAGCAGCAGCUCAAUCCCAUUCCCAAUGGCAAUGUGAGUGCAGCCGCAGCGAUCAAGGCAGCCAACAAUGCAGCAGCAGCAGCAGCAGGAGGCGCUGGUGCCAACAAUGUGGAUGCCACUGCAACAGCCGCAGCGACGAAGUCAGCAGCGUCCCUCAUGCCAGAGCAAAAGCAACAAGUGGCGGCAGUCUCACAAUAAUGUCGCAAAUCGCAAGAGCAGUGGGCGUCGUCCACUUUAAAUACGAAAAACGAAAGCAGCAACUAUCCUACUCAUUGAAAAGGCUACAAACAAAAACAAGCAAAAACUAUUUGAAAGCAAAACCCCAAUCAAGCGACCGACCGAUCGAUGACACACACAAAAACACACAGGCUCUUAUUAUCAGGAAUAUCGAGAUACGGAUCUAACGGCAUAAAUAUAUAUUGUAUAAUUUUACUUAGUGUUAAAGAACUCUUCACACGUCGUCCUGCGCGCACCACCUGCAGCACUUUGCGCGAUCUAAUGCUUGGAAUUAACGAUUAAGAGGCGUGAAGGGAAGAGAAGAGAAGUGCAAACCGGCCAUCUGUUAGGUUUUUUGUGUAAAUGGCAGGUUGUGUAACGUAAACCCCCCCGUAACCUAAACCCCAUUUUAGCCAAGCGGAGCAACAGGAGAGGAUCAAAGGAGGAUCAGGAUAACAAAGCGCAUGCACACACACACACACCUCCGUAUAAUUUAGUAAUAGAUGUGAAAAAUAUAUUUAGGCUUAAGGUAAUGAAAGGAUCUGCAAAACGAAACACAAACAAGCAAACAAACACACACACACAAACAAAAUACUAAUUAGAAGAAAGAGAAGAAAAAAACUCCGAGUCGAAAUAAUGAAAUUAAUGGAAAAAGAGAGAUACGCGUAAUCCAUGGAAUUCCCAGCUAAAAUAAAAGCAAAAGUUCACAUUUGGAUAAACAUACAAAGGAGAGAAACGAGAAAACAUAAAUCAUAAAACAAAACCAAAACCAAAACCCUUAAACAACUUUAUUGUAAUUCUGUAUUCUUUGUGGGGCGUAAAACAGA